GGUAUUUCACUACAAGCAGACCGUAGAGUAAAGAACCAGAGAAGGAGGGUGCACAUGACAUUAGAGCUGCCAUGGAGCGCAGACAGGGCUAUUCAGCAGUUUGGUAGAACACUCAGAUCAAACCAGGUCACUGCACCCGAAUACGUGUUCCUUAUCUCUGAACUGGCUGGAGAACAAAGAUUUGCCUCUAUCGUUGCCAAAAGAUUAGAGAGUCUGGGUGCUCUAACCCAUGGAGACAGAAGAGCCACAGAAACUAGAGACCUCAGUCGGUUCAACUUCGACAACAAGUAUGGUAGGAAUGCUCUCGAGAUCGUUAUGAAGUCCAUUGUGAAUCUGGAUUCCCCAUUGGUCUCCCCGCCCUGUGAUUUUGAUAGGGAUUUCUUUAAAGAAAUCCGCAAUGGUUUAAUUGGUGUGGGACUGAUUAACGUGGAGGAUCGAUCGGGAGUUCUCUCACUAGAUAAAGAUUACAACAACAUUGGGAAGUUCCUGAACCGGAUUCUGGGUAUGGAGGUGCAGCAGCAGAACGCCCUGUUCCAGUAUUUCUCAGACACUUUAAGUGCUGUCGUUCAAAACGCCAAAAAGAAUGGCAGAUACGACAUGGGCAUUCUGGAUCUGGGCUCUGGAGAUGAGAAAGUUAAGAAGUUUGAUGUGAAGAAGUUUUUGACACCAGGAUAUUCCACAUCAGGACAUGUUGAGCUCUACACGGUGAGUGUGGAGAGGGGUAUGUCGUGGGAGGAUGCCACCCAUGUUUGGGCAGAACAGGAUGGGCCAGAUGAUGGUUUCUAUGUGCAGGUACAGAAUAACAAGAAAAUUGAGGUCAACACCAAAAAGAGGCUCUUCAUGGUGUACAGACCCAACACCGGGAAACAGCUCAAACUGGAGGCGUACGCUGACAUUCGGAAGAGAUGUAAAAAGGUUCUUUCAGAUGAAGCCAAGCAGCACUGGAUUGAUCAGUACCAGUCUUCAGCAGAGAUCUGCUCUCAUGCAUAUUGGCGUGGGAACUGUAAGAAGGCCUCAGUGGGACUGCAGUGUGAGAUCGGGCUGCGCUGCAGGACGUACUACGUUCUCUGUGGUUCUGUUCUCAGCGUGUGGACCAAAGUAGAAGGCGUUUUGGCGUCUGUCAGCGGGAGCAACGUGAAGAUGCAGAUCGUGCGUUUGAGAACUGAGGACGGGCAACGGAUAGUAGGCCUGAUCAUUCCACCCAACUGCGUGGCUCCCCUGACCAACAUCCUGUCAUCGUCAGACCAAUCGCAGCAACUGGCAGUACAACAGCAGCAGAUGUGGCAGCAGCUGCACCCACAGAGCAUCAGCAACACGGUCAAUACCUAGCACGGCUCCUGGGCCCAGAGCGGGCACAGGACCUCAGCUCUGCAUCACACACCAGCCAGCCAGCCAGCCUCCCCUCCUCUUCCUCCCUGUUGGCAUGCCAUGAGGAACAGUGCCCUUGGUAUUUGAUGUUUCAGGGUUCGUGUCCAAAGGUGGCCCAAUCCGAACAAGGCUCACUGAAUGGACUCUACAGACUUGAAAGCUGGACGGCCUCCCAGGCUGAAGAGGCAGCACUACAUUGUGCAC